AUGCUCGGACAAGCUCUAGACGCUGCUAGCCCCAGAAGUAACCAGACUGGAACAGGGGAAUCAAGGAAUGCUGGCGAAUACGAUCCGCUGUUACGAAGUGACCAAAAUUCACCUGGAUAUGCAUCCAAUAGUGACGCCGAAGCUAGCGAAAGCCGGUCCUACGACGAUGAAUACGCCAUGAUGGAGCAAUGGAGUGUUGAUAAUGCAUCAGAGGCGUCUGAGGUGGGAUUUUUGGCCAGAGUGUGGAAGGGAAUAAAGGAGAUUACCAUGCUCAUUGUGAAUGUCGACAACCUAUGGGAUUCACCUCCAUCAAGAAGCAUUUCGAGACGAAACAAAGCAGUUGUGUUCUUCUGGUUCUUCAUUCUUUCUUUAUUUUAUACUAUAGAACGAACAACGUUCAAGUUCCUCGUAGACCGCGCUGGACCCUUUCGACUUUUUGCAGUGGAAUUGGUUACAGCUUCGCAUGCGAUAAUGGUCGCAAUAGGAAUGCUGAUAUCUGCAUGCUCUAGGAAGGAGUUUGGAAUGUCUAGUUUGGGAAUCCCAAUCAUUGAUGUCGGGCUAAUGGCAUUAUUGGACACUUUGCACAUGAUCCUGGUGUUCAUAACCGGGAUUCACGUCUCCCCUACAUUGACUGUGAUCCUUGUUCAAUUCACACUGCCCCUGACUGCCUUUAUAACCCAAGUAGUCCACCCGGACGGUUGCACGAAGUAUCUUUUCGGAUGCAGAAAGUGGUCGGAAUCAAGAGAACAAGCAGAUGAGAAUGGUCUGACUCCUACUGGGUGGGGUGGUUUGUACGGGGAACACGUCGUGGGUUGCGUAAUAAUAUCACUGGCUGUGCUGUUGGCACUAUGCCCGGCAAUCUAUUCAAUUUGGGAUCCGCUCUUCUUUUUGUAUGCGGAUACGAUACCGCUCCAGACAGCUUACAAUACAUUGCUAUUUGUCUCAAGUUGUAUUCCAGCGGCUGCAUCACAACUGUACAAAGAGCACGUUUUCCUCCAACAUAAGAGACCCAUCCAAGCCGAUCAUUUGAACAUGGUCCUGUCGAUAUUCCAAUUGAUUUUCGCGUCUAUCAUGGCACCUCUCGUCUACAAUCUUCAGGGAUUUGCUGCUAGCAAACAGUGGUCAAAGCUAUACCCCUCGUCACGGCUCACCGAGAACAUCGAGGAAGGUUUCCAAUGCUUUUUCGGGACCUUGGAUGAAGACACCGCACUCAAUGGUUAUGAAGAUGAGGCCCUAUGCGAUUAUUCCCUUGGACUGGUCCUCGGCUACUCGUUUUCAAUAAUUGCGGUUGGUGUUGCUGUGGACAAGAUCGUCAAUGCCGGAGCAACGAAAGUGAUGUACCGCGGUGUCAGCGCAGGAAUCGUCCUUUCCUCCGUCCUAUUAUUUCUAUACGACCAGAGUAUCCCAGAUUUUAGCUAUGGACCUGCAAUCGAUAGUCUGAACUUGGUUUGUGUUCUACUUCUGAUUUUGGGGGCUGAAGUUUAUCACAGACAAAGCCUGCAGGAUGCUACUUUCGAGACGGUUUAUCAAACCAUUGACGACUUUUAUGAUCAGGACGAUGGAUAUUACGACCAGGAGUAG